UCGCCAUCAGGAGCACGUCUCUCUCUCUCUCUCUGUCUGUCCAUAACCUCUCUCAGCACUAAAGCACUUUUUUUGAGAUAAACUUGUGGAGGAACUGGACGUGUCUCCGACAGGCCUGAUCUCAGUAUCUCCAGUACAGAGCAGAUCUCAGCGGCUGGUAGAGGAUCAUGUGGAGACAGAAAGCGGAGUGGAGCUGCUCUCUGUUCAGCCUGCUGCUGUUAGUGCCGCUCUGCCAUGGACAUCACUUUCUCCAACAGAGCAGUGCGUCACAGUUCCUCACACGGCACCGACGAGCGAACGCGAUGUUCGAAGAGAGCAGGAAGGGCAAUCUGGAGCGAGAGUGUAUUGAAGAGCUGUGCAGUAAAGAGGAGGCGCGGGAGAUCUUUGAGAACAUCCCUGAAACGGAAUAUUUCUACCCCAAGUAUACAGAGUGUCUGGUGUACUAUCGCGUGGGGAUGCACAUUCUGAAUACGGAGUCAGGAAUUCCUCAAGACCUCCGCACCUGUGUUACAGAGAUCAGUAACCAGUGUUUACCGCUGCCAUGCAAUAAGCAGGGAUACGAGCGCUGUGUGGACGGCCAGGGCACAUAUACCUGUGUGUGCAAACCUGGCUGGAAAGGGCUUCACUGUGAGGAAGAUAUUGACGAGUGUAAGGAUGUAGGUUUCCUUGCUGGUUGUAAGCAGGGCUGCCAGAACACAGUGGGGAGCUUCCGCUGCUUCUGUUACAGUGGUUAUUACCAGGACGAUGUCAUCAACUGUAUAGAUAUUAACGAGUGCAGGCUUCACCCCAGCCAGUGCCUCGAGCCAUCCAAAUGUGUCAACAGUCCAGGCUCAUACCAGUGCCAGUGUCCUACAGGAUACACAUACAACUAUACACAUGAUAAGUGCCAGGACCUGGAUGAGUGUCAGCAGGACAAAUGUGAGGGCACAUGUGUAAACACAGUGGGCGGCUACUCUUGUCACUGCAAUGGACGUGAGAGGCUGAAGCUGGCAGAGAACGGUUACUCCUGUGAGAAAAUCCCCGAAUGUCUCGGGCUCUACGACCACAAGUACGGAGAGAUCCUCUACCUGGGAGAGCAGUUCAGCGGCCUUCCGAUGAUCUUGCUGCACUUUCGAUUUCCAGAGAAGACAAAUAACAGGUUCUCUGCCGAGUUUGACUUCCGGACGUUCGAUCCGGAGGGUGUGAUGCUGUACGCUGAAUCGUUGGAGGACUCGUGGUUCAUGCUGGGAUUGAGGAACGGUCGCAUCGAGGUUCAGUUCAAGAACCAGCACUCUGUCAAGGUCACCAGCGGAGGAAAAGCCAUCAACGACGGCCAGUGGCACGUGAUAUCAGUGGAGGAGAUGGAGAACAGCAUCAGUGUGAAGAUCAGUAAGGAGGCAGUGAUGAGUAUUAAUAACCCUGGCAACCUCUUCAUGCCUGUCGGUGGCAAGCUGGAGACCAAAGUUUACAUCGCUGGCCUGCCCAAUGGCACCAACAUCAUUAAAGAAAUCAACCCCAGAUUAGACGGCUGCAUCCGGGGCUGGAACCUGAUGAACCAGGGAGCUUCUGGAGUAAAGGAGUACAUUCAGAGGAAGGAGAGCAAGCAUUGCUUUGUUUAUGUGGAGAAAGGAUCCUACUUCAGUGGGGCUGGUAUGGCCCAGUUCAACAUUGACUACAAGGUUGAUGGUCAGUGGAGAGUGGACGUGGUGAUGAGUAUUCGUCCGUCCAGUAGCACAGGCGUUGUCUUUGCGCUCGUCAGCAACGACACCAUCCCUCUGUCUGUCUCCGUGGUAACUCUAGAACCCAACGAUGCGUACCUGCAGGUGUUUUUAGACAGCGUUCCUGUUGUGAAGCUCGAGUCGUUGAUGCUGUGUUACCCAGAUCGCUUAGACGUGGAGCUGCAUGUGUCUGCUCAGGACCUCCAGAUCUCCGCCAGCUCCUCCAACGUGUCCAGUAUUGACGCCGGAGCGCUCAGACAAGCAUUAGACAAGCUCAAUGGCACCAUGCAGCAGCCGGUCCUUACCUACAUCGGUGGACUGCCAGAUCUUCCCCUGCCCUCCAUGCCUGUCUCAGCAUAUUACCAUGGCUGCAUGGAGAUCCGUGUGAACAAGAGGCUACUUGACUUUGAUGAAGCCGUCAGCAAGCACAACAGCAUCAACUCUCACUCGUGUCCCCCAGUUUCCCCUCCAGACAGCAUGUCCUAGGAAGUGAAGUCUGUGAUGCGAUUAUUAUUGCUCUGUCCUGUUGUAAAUACCUGUGAGAGAGAGAGAGGGCUGGGUCUGUGGUGCUUACAAACACUUGUACUGACUACAGAAGGCAUUCCUAUUUGUAUAUUUCCUCCUCCAUAAACACGUAGCUAAUGGAGGAGAACUUCGAGUGGUUUUUAAAAUACAUACUCAAUUUGUAUUCAGGAAGAUUUAUGAGUGGUUUUAUUUGACACUUGAAUGAUGUGCUUGUCAUGACUUAAAUCAGUUUUCCUUACAAAAAUGAUUUUUUUCACUUGAUGUUUAGUUUAUUUUUAGUUGAGAAUUUAACAUGGCAGGAUUGUUAAACGUCAUAAAAAAAAUGGCACUAAUUCAACUGUUAAUGAGUCUUGAUUUAUAAAAAAAAUAAAUAAAUACUUGGAUGUCUGUUUUUGAGGUGAUGAGGAAACAUCUGUACACCAUCCUGCACCACAGAA